CGGGCGGCGGCGGGGAGGAGGAGGAGGAGGAGGAGCAGCGGGUGCGGGUGACCCUCGGGAGGCUCGGACGAGGCGUGAAGAUGCUGAUCAAAGUGAAGACGCUGACGGGCAAGGAGAUCGAGAUCGACAUCGAGCCCACAGACAAGGUGGAGCGGAUCAAGGAGCGCGUGGAGGAGAAGGAGGGCAUCCCCCCGCAGCAGCAGAGGCUCAUCUACAGCGGCAAACAGAUGAACGACGAGAAGACGGCGGCCGAUUACAAGAUCCAGGGGGGCUCCGUGCUGCACCUGGUGCUGGCCCUGCGGGGCGGGGGCGGGGGCGGCCUGGCCCGGUGAUGAGCCCCCCGCCCGCGCCCCGCCGCACCCCGACACCGCACGGGGGACGAGGCGCCGCCCGCCCUCCCGCCCCCUCUCCCGGCCGGAUGCCCGUUGCGUCCGCCCGCCCCCGGGAGGGCUCGGGGGUCCGGCCCGCCGCCGCCCGGCCCCCGCCCGCACUCUUCCUCCUCCCCGCACACAGCUGUGCUCCCCGUUGUUAAUAAAGAUGUCUCCAGCCCCCCCCUCCCCCCCCCGAAAUCCGUUCCUCA